CCUUCUCUUCCGCUUUGUGGGCCCACGUGACUCCGCCUCGUUCCCUUUCGCCUUGUGACCUGCAUCGGUGGCAGCUCCGCAGGGAGAUCGCAGGAACCCCGGAAGCCGAAAAUGGAACUGUUGACAUUCAGGGACGUGGCCAUUGAUUUCUCACUGGAGGAGUGGGAAGACCUGGACUCUGCUCAGCAGAAUUUGUAUAGGGAUGUGAUGUUGGAGACAUAUGGAAACCUGGUCUCCCUGGGUCUUGCUGACUCUAAACCAUACAUGAUCACCUGUCUGGAGCAAAGCAAAGAGCCCUGGAAUGUGAAGAGACAAGAGACAGUGGCAGUACACCCAGAUACAGCUGUGUCUUCUCACUUUGCCCAAGAUGUUUCAUCCGAACAUGAUAUAAAACAUUCAUUCCAAACUAUGACGAAGGGGAUAUAUAGUAUAUGUGGCCAUGACAACUUACACUUAAAAAAAGAAUGGGAAAGUGUAGAUGAGUAUGAAGGUCAGAAUGCAAGUUACAGUGGAUGUAACAAAUUUGUGACAACUAAAGAGAGCAAAGAGUUUACCGCCAGCAGAGAUCAACAACACACAGUAUCUCCAAAUGCACCAGAAUUUAUGCCUGCUGCUUUAAAAGACCCGUGUGUUUUUGUAAGUAAACAUUCACAUCAAAUUUUGAAACAUGCCUUUUCCCUCAAAGGAAAUUUGGGAAAUCUAAAAAUGAGACCAGUCCAUGCUUCACUUGAUCACUUGAAAAAUUUUAAAUGUAGGAUUGGAUUGAAUUUUCAGGCAUUUGUUUUAGUAAACAAUAAAUUUAAAAAUGAAGAACAAAAUCCUAAAUUUAAUCAAUUUAGUUCAUUUAUGAAAAGUUUGUUAUUGUGCAAUCAACAAAAAGGUCUUCCCUAUACCAAGUUAUACAAUUUUCAUAAGUAUGGGAAGUUAUUUACCCAUCCAUUAUUGCAUAAUCAAACCCCAGUUAUAGACAUCUAUAAAUGUAUGGAAUGUGGCAAAGCUUUCAAAUGUUCUUCAAACCUUACUCUACAUAAGAGAAUUCACAGUGGAGAGAACCCUUACAAAUGUAGAGAAUGUGGCAAUGCCUUUAAUAAUCGCUCAGACCUUACUCAGCAUCGGACAAGUCAUAAUGGAGAGAAGCCAUUUAAAUGUGAAGAAUGUGGCAAAGCUUUUAAGUGUUGUUCACACCUUACUCGACAUCAAAAAAUUCAUACUGGAGAGAAGCCAUACAAAUGUGAAGAAUGUGGCAAAGCCUUCAAUUGUUGUUCACACCUUACUCGACAUCUGAGAAUUCAUACUGGUGAGAAACCCUACAGUUGUGAAGAAUGUGGCAAAGCUUUUAGACAUGGUUCAAAUCUUACUCAACAUCAAAGAAUUCAUACUGGUGAGAAGCCGUACAAAUGUAAAGAAUGUGGGAGAACGUUUACCCAUUGCUCAACCCUCAAUCAGCAUCAGAGAAUUCAUAGUAGAGAGAACACUUACAUAUGUGAAGAAUGUGGCAGAGCCUUUAAUACUUUCUCAAGCCUUUCCAUACAUCAUAGAAUUCAUACUGGAGAAAAACCUUACAAGUGCCAGGAUUGUGGCAAAGCCUUUAACUUUCGUUCUGACCUUAAUCGACAUCAAAGAAAUCAUAAUCAAGAGAAAGUAUACAAAUGUAAAGAAUAUGGCAGAGCCUUUAAUAACUGUCCAAAUCUUACAAAGCAUCAGAGAAUGCAAAUGGGUGAGAAGCCCUACAAAUGUAAGGAGUGCGGAAAAGUUUUUAAAUAUUUUUCACACCUUACUCGGCACCAGAGAGUCCAUAGUGGGGAGAAACCAUACAAAUGUAAAGAAUGUGGCAAAGCCUUUAAUGAAAAGUCAAAACUUUUUCAACACCAGAGAAUUCACACAGGAGAGAACCCCUACAAAUGCAUACAUUGUGGCAAAGCCUUUAAUAAUUGUUCAAGCCUUACUCAACACCAGAGAAUUCACACUGGAGAGAAGCCCUACAAAUGUAAAGAAUGUGGCAAAGCCUUUAACAGUUGUUCUCACCUUACUCGACAUCAGAAGAUUCAUGAAAGAGAGAAACACUGCUGAUGAAAGAAUGUGAGCCUUUAUCUAUGGCUCAAACCUUACUCAACACUAGAUGGUACAUACUGCAUGGAAGACUUAGAAAUAUAAAGAAGACUUUAGUAAUUGCACAAACCUUACUCAACAGAGAAUUAAACUAUAGAGAACCCUAGAAAUUUAAAGAAUGUGGCAAGGCCUUUAAUGGGAAUUUAAUCCUUAUUCAGCAUGACACAGUUUAAAUUGUAAACGAUAUAUAUGCUGAGAAUUUGGAAAACUGCAAAAAAUAUGCAACUCAGAAACUAAAUGUUUUAAUUGGAAAAAAUUUUUACAAACGUAUAGAAAUCUGCAAAACUUGUCUGUAUGAUUAUAAUAUAUGUAAGAUGAUUAUUACUGGAGAGAAAUAUUAUAAAUACAUGAAACAUGGCAUGAACUAAUUUGCUGAAAAUUUACUAGACAUCAUUAGUUGAUAUCAUUAGUUGAUAUGGUAGAAAUAAAUAAAUUCUCAUCACUGUUAGAAAAUUAUGUAGGUAAUGCCUUCUGGAAGGUAUAUAAAUUUAAAUGAAUCUAUGGUUUUUAAAUAGCUUCACUUUUGAAAACUAGAUGAAGAACAACUCUCAAAUAGAUCAUUGUAUCAGUGGAAUAUGACUGCUGACAAGUUUUAAACAUUUUUUUCCAAAGAAUAUACAGUAAACUUUUAAAAUACUUUGAGUUUAUUUAUUUAUUUAUUUGUGGUGCUGGGGAUUGAACCCAGAGCUUUUGCAAUGAAUUGCUUUUGCUUUUGCAAACCUUUAUUUUGGAGGCUGGAUUUCACUAAAUUGCUCAGUUGCCAAGGCUGGAAUUUUGCUCCUCCUGCCUCAGUGCCCUAAUGUAAUGGGAUAACAGCUGGGCUUAUUUCUGUAAGUUAUAUUUUUAUUUAUUUCUCAUACUUUGUAAUUACUGGGAAACUGUAAUGGCUAAAGAGUAUAAUAGAAAGCCCUAGAUUUUUUUAACCUGAA